AUGGCAAAGAGCGUUGGACAUGAUUAUAAUGAAGAGUUUGAUUAUUUGUCUUUGAAGACGAAUCAUCCUUUAUCCGAGGCUCUUGAUACCCAUGGCGAUGGGGAGAGUCUUGCCAAAGUCGGGUCUGCCCCGGCGAGAGAGCUGAUUGGGGCUGCGUUGAACAAGCGCGUUCAGGGUGUUGAUCCUCAUGAUUGCGAGGCUGGAGCAGAGGAUGCAUUCUUUGUGGCCGACCUUGGGGAGGUGUACCGUCAGCACGUGCGAUGGACGAAGCACCUCAAGCGUGUCACUCCGCACUUCGCUGUCAAGUGCAACCCGGACCCUAUGGUGAUUCGCCUUCUGGCUGCCUUGGGAACUGGCUUCGACUGCGCCAGCAAGGCCGAGAUCGAGCAGGUGCUCAGCUUGGGUGUCCACCCCAGCCGCAUCAUCUACGCCCAGCCUUGCAAGACGACGAGCUACUUGCGCUACACUGCGAAGCAGAAUGUCACUCAGAUGACGUUCGACAACAGCGACGAGCUGUACAAGAUCAAGCAGAUCUUCCCACACGCCGAAUUGUACCUCCGAAUCUUCACAGACGAUUCGGCGAGCAUGUGCCGACUGAGUCAAAAGUUUGGCGCGCGUAUGGAAAACACUAAGCAGCUCCUUACGCUGGCGAAGACGCUGGGUCUGAACGUUGCUGGUGUUGCAUUUCACGUUGGCUCUGGCGCGUCCGAUCCGGAGGCAUUCUUGAGAGCUGUGCGCGAUGCACGAGCCGUCUUUGACCAAGCGGCCGAGCUUGGCUUCAACCUGCAUACACUCGAUGUCGGCGGCGGCUUCUGCUCCGAGACUUUCGAGGACAUGGCGGCGGUGCUUGGAAGGGCGCUGGACGAUUACUUUCCCCCUCACAUCCGCAUCAUCGCCGAACCCGGACGCUACUACACAAGCUCUGCCUUCACCAUUGCCUGCAACGUUAUUGCUCGACGCACCGUAGAGGAUCCCGAAGCGGGCAGCAAAAGCUACAUGCUCUACCUCAACGACGGCGUGUACGGCAACUUCUCGAGUAUCAUGUUCGACCACCAGCACCCCGUGCCACAAGUGUUGUCCACCAAACGCAAGCCCGACGGCUACAAGUACUGCACCGAUCUGGCAAUCGAGUACUCGAUUUGGGGCCCGACGUGCGAUGGAAUCGACUGCAUUGCGCCCAAGUGGACGUCUGCUGAGACGCUUGACAUCGGUGAUUGGCUGUACUUUGAGGACAUGGGCGCGUACACCAAGUGCUCGGCUACGCGGUUCAAUGGGUUUACGGAUCAGCAUGAUACGAUUUAUGUCAGCAGCGAGCCUGGCACGAUGGAAGUGGUGGGGAUGUGA